GACAUUCGAUUCAUACAGAGCAGCAAAAUGGCCGACCGUCAACCAACGGACUUUCCAGAGCUUUAAAAACGAAUUCUUCUGCACAGUAGCUUGGUUUACAUUAUCAUAGUACUUACAAAUCAAGAGCUCCAACGAGUAUAUUUCUUUGUUAGCCACAUACUUCAUUAUUCGUUUAGGUUGUUGUUUUUCAUGUUUCCUCAACUAGGAUUUUGCACUGAAGCACUUUAGCCACAGCAGAUGAAAGGGGAAAUAAUAUUUGCUUCUUUAGCUAGUUAACACGCUAGCUCUAUUUCAUAUGUGAUUCCUGAGAAAGGAGUAUCAGGAAAGGGAACAGUAGUUAAUGGAAGACAAAAAAAGGAAGAAGGAAGACAAAAGGAAAAGGGAAGCCUCUCAGAAGGUUGCAGAGCAAAAAAACAAAGUGCCAGAAUUGACCAAGCCCUCGUCCACCCAGUCUCCUGCCGCCCCCAGCUCUGCUUCCCCCAGCCCUGGACCCACCCCCUCGGCGUCCCCCUCCCCUGCCACUGCGGCUGCAGGCGGCGCCCCCCCUCAGGGCGGGAACAAUGCGAAGCGUCCGGCGGUGGCCAACGGACAGCCCCCCGCAGCAGGCACCCAGGCCUCCCAGCGCUACAUGCCCCGCGAAGUGCCCCCGCGAUUCCGCUGCCAGCAAGACCACAAAGUGCUACUGAAGAGGGGCCAGCCUCCGCUGUCCUCCAUGCUACUGGGGGGAGGCACCGGGCCAGGGGGAGGAGGGGGAGACUGCCCCAAUGCAACCAUGGCUGCUGCCUCAGAUUCCAGUCCAGGCUAUGUGGGUCCAGCUGCACCCUCACUGCCCCUCACCUCAUCAUCCUCCUCAUCAAUCGCUGCUUCUUCUACUACUUCUUCCAAUUAUGCAAAUUCCACGUGGGGGGUGGGCUCUGGCAGCCUGCCCUCCUCUCAGGGCAGGGAGAAGGUCAUCGUGGACGGCUCGGACCUGGAGGAGUGGCCUAGCAUAGCUGCUGGCGACGGGAACGGAGAAGGAGGAGGUGGAGCUUCGGUGAUGGGAAGUGGUAGUGCGUCGUCGGGUGAGGGCGGUGGUGGAAUGCCGAACAGCAGUGCCUCGUGGAAAGUUGGCGAUCCUGGCAGUCCAUCACCCACUUCCUCGUUCUCAAUGCCCAAUGAAUGUAUGCUGUCCGGCAGUGUGGUGUGGGGCUCUGCUGCCUCACAGGGUCCUGUAGGAGGCAAUGCAGCCCCAGGGACGUCAUUGCCCUCCAUUCCCAAAGCCUCCCCUCUGCCAGUGGGCCCUGAUGGCUCCCUUGGUGGCAGUGGGGGGAUCCCUGGUGCCAACUUCAACCCAAAUGCCAACCCUUCCGCUUGGCCUGCCCUGGUGCAGCAGGAUGGGGCUGGGGCAGCUUCCUCUGAGGGUGGCCCCCCCUCUUCCCUCCUCCAGAGCCUGGCUGGGUCUCUGUCUCCCCCGGGCCUAGGGAACCCACCUCUAGCUGUGAACCAAUCCACUCAUCAGCACCAACUUCACCAAAUGCAAUCCAGAGACAGAGAGCACCCGUCGGAUGGGGGGUGGGGUGGAGCGGCGCUGGAGACCGGAGCAGGACCAAAAAGCGAGGGGACAGGGGGGGGAGCCGAUAUAGACUGUGGGGGAGGAGACAACAGGGGAGAGAACCUCGCUGCCUCCCAAACCUCGUCCUCCUCCUGGGGAGGCCAGCCUUUCCCCGCUGCUAACUCCAAAACGGGUGCCUCAAGGACUGAUGGUUGGGAAGGGGGAGCUGCUGAGGGUGGUGGAGGCUCGGGGUGGGGGUACAGCGCUCAUGGGGGUAGUGGAGGGAAAUCCUGGGGCGCUGGAAGUGGGGGGGAACUUAAAACCCCCGUGGUAUCUCAGGGAGGGGGGGAAGGAGGAGAGCGAGGGUCUUCAGUUGGAGACUGGGGAGGUAAUUCAGGUGGGAUGGGUGGAAGUGGUGGAGGUGGCAAUCCAGGAGGGGAGGCUGGUGGUGUCGGCGGCCGCAGCAGUAGCAGCAGCAGCAGUGGGGGCAGCAACCCCCCUGCCGCAUCUUCCUCUCCCACAACAUCCACCACUACGACAAGAGCUUGGGACAAUCAGAAGGGGGACGGAGCGGCAGGGGGGGACACAGGGGAGUGGGGGGGAGGCCAGGGCGGUAGAGGAGGAGGAGGAGGAGGAGGUAAUUCAUCCAGCGGCGGGGGCGGCAAUCAGCACCACGGGUACGGUCACCACCGGUAUUCCCACCCCCCUCCGCCCAACCCUGACGUGGCCUUACAGGCAAUGCUCAGCCGCAGUGACCUGGACCCGCGCGUUCUCUCCAACACAGGCUGGGGCCAGACCCAGAUCAGACAGAACGUGGCCUGGGACCUAGAACCAGGAAAAGGAGGUUCUGGGUCGUCUGCUUCAUCCAAAAAUGCUCCACCUCCCAUGGGUCCAUCUUCUCAAUACUCCACUGGCUCUGCUACAACUACUGAUCCUAUGGUUCCUUUCCCUCUCCCUGGCUCAGCUCCUAACCUGAACUCCAACCCUUCCCUGGGGACCUCUGGUGGCUCCGGGGAGGGCUGGGAGUGUGGUAACAAUGGCAGCAGUAGUGGCAGCAACUCCAUGCCCAACCAAGGGCCACCUCCCCUGGGCUCCAACAUGAGAAACCCUCCUGGCAUCACACAAUCUGGAUCAAUGACCACUGGCGCGGGUAUGGGAGGAGGAGGAGGCCUUGGACCAGGCCAGGGGAAGCCUACAGGAGGCUGGGGCGGGGUAGGAUCAGGGGAGAGCCAAGGAAAAGGAUGGGGGAACGAAGGGUCAGAGUGGGGUGGAGGAAGGGAACGCAGAGGUGGAGGAGGAGGGUGGGGAGAUAAUGGACAACAGGGUAACCAAGGUGGAGGAGGAGGUGGAGUUGGUGGCUGGGGAAGUGGCCAGGAGGAGAAGGGGAGGGAGAGGGGUGGGGGGGACUGGGGAGAGCGAGAGCCUAAAUCGAGCAGUGGAGGAGGAGGAUGGGGAGAGGAUAGGAAAGGAGGAGGUGGAGGUAACUCCGGUGGGGGAGACUCAGAAGUCGGUACGUGGGGUAGCUGGGACGAGGGAGCCCCGAGGAGAGCCUGGGGGGCAGGAGGUACGGGUGGAGGGGGUGGAGGAGGGGCGGGAGGUGACAUGGGAGGCAGCAAACCCCACCAGGGGCGUUGGGGUGGAGGUGGAAAGAUGCACCCGUCACAGAUGCCUAACAGCCAGACGGCUUCUGUGAAAGGCCCCAUGGCAUCGCAGCAACAAGCACAGACCCCCCAGCAGCCCCCAUCGCAGCAAGCGCUGGAACCGGGAGGAGGAGGGGGCUGGGGGAGACAACCGGGCCCCCAGCACCAGAACCAAAGCAGCUCGGGCUGGACAGCCGGACCCAUCCCAAGCGGCCCCGGGGGAGGAGAGGGGCCAGAUUCCAGCGGGUGGGAGGAACCUUCACCACAAUUCAUUAGCCGGAAGAUGGACAUUGACGAUGGGACGUCGGCUUGGGGAGACCCUAGUCAGUUUAAUAACAAGACUGUCAACCUGUGGGAGAAGAACGGCGCUCCCGCUGGUCAGCAGCCAGAAAUGCACGGCCAGGGCCAGGGACCAGGACCACCGCAGCAGCAGGGGCCACCAGCUCUACAGCACCCUGGGCCUGGGAGGCAGCCCACUGGGAUGGGAGGCAGGGACAUCAACCCUGGGCCUGGGAGGCAGCCCACUGGGAUGGGAGGCAGGGACAUCAACCCUGGGCCUGGGAGGCAGCCCACUGGGAUGGGAGGCAGGGACAUCAGCCCUGGGCCUGGGAGGCAGCCCACUGGGAUGGGAGGCAGGGACAUCAACCCUGGCCCUGGACCUGGGAAAGCUCCAGGGAUGGCUCCAUCGUCCGCCUGGGACGGUGGCUCUCCCUCGGACCCCCCGGUGGACAAUGGCACUGCAGCCUGGGGGAAACCCACUGAGACCCCCACCGGCUGGGAAGACCCUGGGAAGACCACCUCUGGCUGGGGAAACCCCUCACCCAACCCCAUCAAAUCUGGUUCAAAGUCUAUGCAAGAAGGAGGCUGGGGUGAGGGCGACCAGGGCUCUGUGGCAGCCUCUCGUCACUCCAGCUGGGAGGAAGAGGAGGAGGGAGGAGGAGGGGUGUGGAGCAGCGCUGGGUCCCAGGGCAGCAGCUCUUCCUACAACAGUGGGGGCUGGGGCCAAGGUCACGGGGGCAAGAAGCCCAACAACAAGGCUCCAUUGAAGAGUGGAGGAGGAGACUCCUGGAUGAACCCCAUGAACAAACAGUUCUCCAACAUGGGGCUCCUGGGUGAUGAUCCUAGCAGGCGGCCUCUGGACUUGGCCCCUGGUCCUCCUCAGGAUAAGAAAAUGGAGGGAGAGAUGCGAGGGAUGGGCCUGAAUGACUACAAUGGAGAGAUGCGUAAAGGAGGGCAGAGAGGAGUGGGGGGAGGAGGAGGGAUGCUCUACCGUUCACCUGGUUCCAAAGAGAUGGGGCCUGGCGACCCUGGGCCUUGUUAUGACAAGCAGACCUUGCCUUUCACCAAUCAGGAUGGGUGCCUUGGGGAGGAGUACUCUCCGCCCACUGUCUACAAGCCCUCCCCCCUCUACAGCCACACUAUCCCCCCUAGACAAGGUGGUCAUAACAUGUUUGGCAGCAGCGGUGGUGGGUUGCCCCAGUCCAGACACCAGCCCGGUGUGCCACCCAUAAACACGUCCGCAGGGAUACGAGCGCAAGUGCCUCAUCAGUUCCUGUCUCCUCAGGUGCCAGGUUCCAUGCUGAAGCAGAUGGCGCCUCCCAGUGCUGGAGUGGGUGGAGUCGGGGGUGUGGGUGGGGUGGCGGGUGUAGGAGGGGGCGUGUUCCCCCCGCAGCUGUCCCCUCAGCACAUCGCCAUGCUGAGCGGCAUCUACCCCCCCCACAUUCAGUUCCAGCUGGCCUGCCAGCUCCUCCUCCAGCAGCAGCAGAACCCCCAGCAGCUCACCUCACCACAGCAGCUACAACAGCUUCUACAGAACCAGAGGAAGUUCCCCCAGAACCUACGCCAGCAGGCCGACCCACAACAGCUGGCCAGGAUCGUGGCUGUUCUCCAGCAGCAGAGGCAACAGCAGCAGGGUGUUGGAGGGGGCUCCAAACUGUCCCCCUCUGACCUUGGAGGAGGAGGCCCCAAACUGCCAAUGGCUGACUCCCUGCCCCAUCCAGGCAUGGGGGGCUCUGUGGACCUGCACCAGAAAACACAGGGCUACUCUGGCUAUGGUGGAGGAGUGAACCUGUCUGGUCUGGACAUGGGGGGCUCGGUGGUGGGAGGCCCAGGGGGGAUGAAGGACGUAGGGGGGCAGCAGUCCCGCUUCAAAUGGAUGAUGGAGGGUCACUCUCCUGCUCCCUCCCCUCCUGAGAGCCUCCACAAAAACGGUCCUAUGUCCACCCCUAUGAGGAGGGGGGGCUCUCCAUACUCCCAGUAUGGCAUGAUGGGAGGGGAGGGGCUAGGCAUGCCCCCCCAGGGGGACAACUGGCACCGUACUCCUGGAAACAAGAUGGGCUCCAAGCCCCAGGGCACGUCCAGCUGGCCUCCUGAGUUCCAGCCCGGCGUGCCCUGGAAGGGGAUCCAGAGCAUCGACCCCGAGUCUGACCCCUACAUGACCCCAGGGAGCAUGAUGGGAAUCCCUGGGCCAUCCAGCCUCAACGACACCGAGCACCAGUUGCUAAGAGACAACACAGAACCCAACCCCUCCCUGAACACCUUGCUGCCUUCACCUGAUGCCUGGCCCUACAGUGCCUCAGACAGCCCCCUCAACAACGCACACAACUCGGCAAAGUACACAGAGUACAAGACCAGCUGGCCCCCUGAGCCCAUUGGACAUAACAAGAUGUGGAAGACCAAUCGCAACCAACAGUCCCAGCAGCUGCCACGCCCACCCCCGGGACUCAGCAAUCAGAAGCAGGCCUCGCCAUCCCGCGGCCCGUGGCAGGCCCGUGGCUGGGGCAGCGCGAGCGGGAGCCAGGAAACCAGAUAUGGCCCUGGCUCUGCUUGGAGUGAUGGGGGGACCUCCAGAGGAAGCUGCUGGCUGGUGCUCUGCAACCUCACUCCACAGAUCGACGGCUCCACCCUCCGUACCAUCUGUAUGCAGCAUGGCCCCCUGCUGACCUUUCACCUCGGCCUGACCCAGGGCAGCGCUCUGAUUCGCUACAGCACCCCACAGGAAGCUGCCAAGGCCCAGAGCGCGCUACACAUGUGUGUCCUGGGCAAUACCACCAUCUUGGCCAAGUUUGUGAGCGAGGAGGAGGUUGCUCGCUAUUUUGCACAUUCCCAGGCGGGAGGGGGAGGGACCAGCGGAGGCCAGGGGGGGUCCACAGGGACAGGUGCAGUGGGAGCCAACAGCAGCGGAGAGAGGGAAAGAGACAGAACCAGAGGAGGAGGAGAGGGCUCUGCCCCUGGAGGGGGAGGAGGCAGCUCGGGCCCCGUCAGCUCUGGCUGGCAGAGUUUGGACAGUACAGGAGGCUGCCUGGAUCCUAACCCCACCCAGGGGCCCGGCCUGAGCAUGUUUGCCCAAUGGAGCAGCAACGGUGCUGGGGUGGCUGGGGGUGUGGAGCCCAGCAGGCAGGUUUUGUGGGGAGGGAUGGGGGGUGGAGGGUACCCCAGCAAUAGUAUGUGGGGGUCCCCUGCCAUGGAGGAUCGAAACCAGAUGGGGAGUCCUGCUGCUCUGCUGCCAGGAGACCUGCUAGGCGGAGGGGCUGAUUCCAUCUGAAUGACCACACCUAAUACAUGAACCUACGCGCACACACACACACACACACACACACACAACGAAUAUACAUGCACUUACACAUUUUCUCUCACACACAUAUACACAUAUACAUACAUAAACACACACCGAUGAAAUGACACUAGUCGCAAACAUGCAGAUCCACUGACGUUAACUCAACAUGAAUAGACAGUGACAUGCCAACACUACAUACAUACAUACAUACAUACAUACAUACAUACAUACAUACAUACAUACAUACAUACAUACAUACACCUUUUACCUUUAAAUGAAGACUUCAACAGCAAGACUUGAACAGACCAAGGUGGAAUCUGUUGGACUCACUCUUCUGGAUGACUCCUCUUACUUCACCCAUUAACCAGAACUCUCACUGAGCAUACUGAGAUCCUAUCACUCAGGCAUGCACUGUAGAGAAACCAACAAUGUGACAACACAUGGAGGUCUUCCUAUGUGAUGUGUAACAACAACUUCUUACAACACCUCUCUACUACACAAACCUACAGGAUGACUUGAUUUUACAGCACCGGGCCAGCCGGGCCUACAGUACCUACCUACCUGGCCCAACCCAUUCUGACUCUGUUUCUCACCAGUUACACACUGCUAUGUCACUGCUAUGAUGUCUAAUGUAUCUUGUUGUAUGUUGGUUAAAUUGUGGAACUAAAUCCAAGAUGUCCUUUCUCUCUUUUUUUAGUUUUUCGUUCGAAAUGCUGACCUCGUUAUGUUUUAUUACUCAAUCAAGUUGGUUGUUAUAAUGCCAUGCUGAUGAGGACUGAUCACCUGAUUACUAGCUGUACAAGGUGCCCUCAUACCUGCCUGUGUAACUGUGCAUGAGAGGAGUGACGGGAUGAUGAUGAUGAUAUUGGGAGGCGUCUGGGUGUGUUUAACAGCUAAGGCGAGGCGAUGCAACAACCAAUUGUUGCGUUCCACGUCAUCGACUGACAAAUUGUUAAAACAUUAAGUGGUUAGCUGAUACUUAAAAUACCUAUCCAGGCGUUGUAAGAUCUGUCAGGCAACGUCCAAGUAUAGGAACGCGCCCUAUGUGUGUCGUUGCUGUGGUGAAUGCGUUUUGACGAUGAGAACAUGAUUAAGAAGCGUGUGCUGGUGGUGUGUGUGUGAGAGAGAGAGAGUGUGUGUGUGUGUCUGAAACAGGGAGGUGAAUGUUUGUGUGACCGCUUACAUCAGGUGUUCCGUGUGUGUACUUGAUUAAAGUGAAUGCAAGUGUGUGUGUGUGUGUAGCUGGAAGUUCAACAACAUAGGCACUAAUGCAUAUUUCUCUUAAAUUGUGGUUUUAGCAUCAUUUUUCUUUGGUCUGAAUUGCAAUAAUAAAAGAUUUUUUUAAAGAAGCAACCAACUGAAGGCAUCCAUGUUAAGAUGCCAAAACCUACCAAACCAAGCAGAGCUGGAGCAGUGUUUUUCAAACACGUUAAAGUUACCAAUUGUAAAAUGUUUUGUUGUGUAUCAAUUUAAAUUAAGGCAGGCUUUAUCACUCCUGUUCAGGUUAUUUUUGUUUGUUUUCAGAUUUUACAAAGGAUAACAUUUUAAUUUAAGCAAACAAGAACAAGACAAUAAAGGUUGUAUUAAAGUC